AGGAUGGGAAGUAACACAUCAUCACCUUGGGGGAAAUCAGCAUCUACACCUGUAAACCAGAUCCAGGAAACAAUUUCAGAUAAUUGUGUGGUGAUUUUCUCAAAAACAUCUUGUUCUUAUUGUAAAAUGGCAAAAAAGCUCUUCCAUGACAUAAACAUUAACUAUAAGGCAGUGGAAUUGGACAUGAUAGAAUAUGGAAACCAGUUUCAAGAUGCUCUUUUCAAAAUGACGGGUGAAAGAACUGUUCCAAGAAUAUUUGUCAAUGGAACUUUUAUUGGAGGUGCAACUGAUACUCAUAGACUUCACCAAGAAGGGAAAUUACUUCCCCUAGUUCAUCAGUGUUAUUUAAAAAAAAGUAAGAGUAAAGAAUUUCAGUAA